AUGUCGCGAACGGACUGUACCGCGGUGCCUCGAGUACCGCGAGGCUUGCCUCCUGCCGUCCGAGGACUGGCGCGAGAAAUUUUGCGCCAAAGACCCCGCCAUGUUUACGCGUUCGCCGCUCGACAUUUCGCGCGAUUGGUGAAACUGAGAGACGACGAGCCGCCGCCGCGUCAAUUGCCCGACAAACGCGACGACGAUGACGAGAAGAAGGAGAACGACUACCGCGUCCGCGUGUCCGGCGAUAUCGAGAAAACGUACGCGGCAGAGCGCAACGAACGAUCCAACGGCAAACGGACGGAGAGAGUAGUCGCCCGUCGUCGCCGUCCUUCGCCACGAUUUUCCACCAAAGAUCCGUUCGUUCGAUCUUCGUCCGCCGGAGAUGCAACGCGCGCGAAACGCGUCGAGAGUCGAGCGCUCGCGGAGAAUCUCGAAACGUUCUACGCCGUUGCUGCUGCCGCUUCGCGCGAUCCGACGGAUUCCCGGAGAAACGAGAGAAACUCGACGCGACGGAAAAGUGCCGAUCGAAUUGAAAGACGCGACCACCGACCACGUACGGACGGUAGAAAUUUCAUCGAGGACGACGAGUGGAAAUCCCUUCUCGUCGAAGAUCGGCGAGAAGGGCAGGAGAAAUCGCGAGAAACGCUUGCCGAUGCGAAACGACGAGUCGACGAAGUGGCAGAGGCUCUUCCGAGUAACGACGCGACGUUACUCGACCGAUCGAGAACGAACGAGAACGAACCCGAGGUUGGGACCGUCUCCGUGGUUCUUCCAUCGGUUGUCGGGCGACCGCGAUCUUCCGGCAAAUGUACGGGCAGCAACGACGUUCGCGAACGCUGCGAGUACGAGUCCAACGAGGAGGAGGAGGAGGAGGAGGAGGAAGAUGCCGCGGGUAACGAUAACUUCACCUUACCGCCCAUCUCGAGCGACGGCUCAAAGUCGACGACGAGAGCCAGCAAUUUCAUCGAGUUACCGUCUUUGUCCAACGACGUGGACGCGGCUCGCCACCCCGACCAACGCCAACGGGGGAUGCACCGACGUCACCGUUCCGAACGUUCAACGACGAGUUCGACGAGUCGAACUCGCGAGCGAACGCGGUCCGCGAAAGCCUCGUUCCGACUGGAACGAACGACCGUCCAACUCGCGAAUUCCGAUUACGAUCGGCUGAGAGCAACCGCUGAAAACGAAUCCGACGGCCAACGAGAUUCGCGAGACGACGUGAACGCGCGCGAUAUCGUUUCGCCGGAGACCGCGUGUCCUCGUCCCUGUAAAUCCGUGGACGGACGACGUGUCGACGAAACGCAAAUUCCGCGACAACCGGGAAUCGUUCGACGACCGCGUUCCGGGUCUUCUUCGCCGGCGGAAGAAGCUGCGGAAAUCCCACUUCGAGACGAAACUUGGAAAGAUAGUUCGAGCGUGACGCCCGAUUCGAUCCGUCUCGAGAGCGAGAAGAGGAACGAAACGCGAGAACGACGUCGACCCAACGAACUCGAAAGAAAAUUGAUCGAGAUAGAAACGAUGGAGAGGAGCGUCGAGAACGCUUUGCUAUCCUCUCGAACCGUCGCUGAUGAUUUCGACGGCCGACCGGAAGAAAAUUCCACGGAGCGUUCCACGGUCGAAUUUCCCGCGAGAAUCGUCGAACCGGACCGUGCGCCCAACGAGCGCGACGUGUCGCGACGCGUCCGAGACGAGCGGACGAAGAAAAAUUCGGACAAAAGUCGGAGCGCCACGAGCGACGAAAAUAACGCGGACGCCAACGACGAUCGUGUCGACGAGAUUGACUCGGCCGAAGGUGAAACGUCGAAAAUUCGAAAACGUUCCAACUUCCACGACUCGGACGACUCGAAAACUUCUUUCGUCGACGAAGACGAUGACGGCGACGACGGUCGUGGUCGUGCGAGAUACGUUGCAGAGAUCGUAGGUCGCAGCCAGCCUGCCGGAGGCAUCGACGUCUCUUGUUACGUACUCGCCGAAGGCUCUCCUUGCGAAAUACCGGAAACUGUAAUCACCGUCGUUAUACCGGAUAAACUUGUCGACAGAAGCGACGACAACGUUGUUCGCCAGGACCGAAAUUCUCCGUUCGGAGAAUAUAUAGCUCCGGAGACUGGAAUCGCUGCUCCCUGUUCGAGCACCGUUGACGCUCGUUUUCUACGCGACGUGGUGAAAGACGCUGCCGAUCGAGCGUCCGCUCGUCGGCGAGAUCUUGCAAACAUCCGAGAGGAAGAGGAGAACCAAGGCCGUCCGUUUUCCAAGAUUCUGCGGCGUGGUACCGCCGUCGACUGCGAAGCAAACUCGACGAGUUUCGAUCGUCGAGACGACCGGCGACGAGCCAACGCCGUGUCGUCUCCCGUUCUCUCCGACGUUGUCUCCGGACAUCCGUCGCGCGUUGCGAAAAACGGGAACUCGACCAGCGACCCAGUUUCUCCGUCGUUCGAACGAGUUGGACCGACGACGAACGUACCCGAGUUGAACCUGGAUUCUUUGCGAGACGCAACGAUAUCCUCGACGAUCGGCGAGACCGAGUCGAAGAAUCUUCUCUCCGACGACGUUGUUGUUUCCUCCGAGGAUGAAAAUAUCUCUUUGUCCUCUUUCGCUUCCUCCGACAACGAGAGGAAACUCAACGACCCCUCGAACGAUCCAACUUUCGAAUCUUUCGAAAACCAUCGAGCGAGACUGCUCGGCGAACCGGUAACUGAAACGACCGAGACUGGAAACCGGACGAACGACGAUGAAAAAGAAUCCCGUCGCGUGGAAGAGGAAGAAAUUGCACGAGAACUGAUACGAAACUUUACGAUCGACCACGACGAAACGGUCGAAUCGAACGAUUCGACGACCUCCUCCUCGUCGCCUGAACCUCGAGCGAACGGCCUCGAUACCGAGUCGAGUCGAGCCGAGAACUUUGUCGUCCAAUUUCAUCCGUCCGUGCGACCCUCGGCGUCCAAAGUACCGAUCGGCGAAGAGUCUUCUCGUCGAGAAAAGCUCGACGACGACGACGACGACGACGACGACGAUACUCGAGCGGAGAGAAAGGAAGAUGAAAGGACGAGCGAGGAACAAGGACGACGAGAAAGCGGACAACCGGAAAGAGAAACGACAGAAAACGAAGCAAGUAUUUUUCCUCUUCUUCUUCGCGCGCCAACCGACGAUCGAUCGAAAGAUGUUGAAUCCUCGUUGACGAACUUUAGAUUUUAUCGAUUCGGAUUCGCGGUUCUAGGUACCGCGUGCGACGAAAUGGAAGAAACGGCAUUGUCGGAAAAGGAGAGAAAGAAAGGACCGAUUGCGCGCGAUCGUCGGCACACCGGGGAAUUUCACGAUUCUUUGCCGCUACCUCUCGUCGAAACUACUUCCGAAAAUAUUAUGCUCGUUUGUCGUUCGUCGAAACCUGCGCUUCGAACGACCGACGAUUGCGAACUUGCGUUUCCAGCCAACCCGUGUUCGGAGAUGAUUCAACCGGGAUGUACGGGAAUUUUCAACGUGCCUUCUCCGCGUUGUCGCUCCGACGAGCUUUCUCCGACGAUCGUCGAUAUCUUUGAAAAUUUCCAUCUGCUCGUUAACGCGUCGAGCAACUGGAAUCGAUUGUCCUCGAACGCUUCACCCUGCGUCGUUCGCGUCGGCCGCGCGCCGCGCCAAGUUCCUACGACUGACGAAGCCGGCUCGACUCCGAUCUACCAACGUCGAACGAGUUUCAACUCCGAUCCCGACGAUCUUCGGGAACCAUUGGCGCUCGAUGACGCGCCACGGCCUGUCGUUAUCGAAGAAAUUUCGAACAGCGAUCGAGGCGGAGGAGAACGGUCAACGUCGCUUCCUGAAGCAGAUGCGAAUUUUCCAACGGAAAUUGUACGCCCUCGUUCUCCCGAACGAUUCUGUCCCUCCGACAACGUUGAGGACGAGGACGAAGGAACGACGUCGGUUCGUGAAACGACGAAUCAGUUUGACGUCGACGACGACAAUUUGCCUGCAGAUGUCGAUAUUGGCUCUGCUACCCUUCCACCUAACGUAGAAAAUCUGGAAGAAGAAGCAACGAACGACGAGUGA